GCCGGAUGAGGCGGGAGACGGCGAUGAGUCGUCGGGCGAGUGGAAAGAGAUCAUGCUCGACGUCGGAGGAGGCGAAGAAAACGCCGACGAUGAAGAGGAAACCGAAGGUGAAACGGCGGAAGAUAAACAAGUGCCUUAGCCACCGCUCUUGUGAUUGAUGGAUACACGGAGGACCCCACUCUGAGAGGACUAUUUGGAAUCCACGUGUCGGAUCAUGACAGAGUUGUAACUCCAUCAUGAUCUCGAGAUGGACGGUCCAGAUCUUCUUUUUCAAACGAACAGAUUCCCUCCAAACAAAUUAAUUAAUUAAUUUAGAAAAAAAAAAACGAAGAAGAAGAAGAAGAAGAAGAAGGGGAGUUCUUAAUAAAAGACGGCCUUCUCUCAACUUCUUCCGAUUUCGAAGGCGACGGACUCGCAUUGCUCCAAGAUAUAGAUAGAUUUCUUCAAGGAUUCAAGCUUCUGAAGCAGAGCGAUCUCUCCUUCUCCCUUCUUGCUUCGUCUCGUAGCAGGAGCGGGCGAAUUCUGGAUCGGGGUGCUCUGUUAGGGGGAUUCAGUUGGGGAUGAAUCUCCGGUCGUCCUUCUCAUCGUCGGCCUUGGUGAAGAGGCCAGAGGCGUCAGAGAAUCCUUCUAAGCUUCCGGAAGCCGUGGCAGGGCAAUUCAAGAAGGGGAUCGCACUUGGGAAUAUCACCAACAAGAUGGUUGUAGCUAAAGGCGGAAAUAAGCCUAAUGUAAAGAAGAGGCCUACAACUAGUAAUUGCGAUAGUGGAUCAAAAGAAAUUUCUUCAUUUGCACCAGUGAUUGUCAGAACAGACACUGUUGUGGCUAACAAUCAAAUCUCAAUCCUAGUGAACGAUGAGGAAAAUGUUUCAAGUGAUUCUGUCUCCUUGAAUGAAACAAUGUCAAGUUGUAACUCCAUGAAAAGUCCUGUUGAGUACGUAGACAAUGGAGAUUCUCAAGCUAUUGCUUCAUUGGAGAGAAGAUCCAAAGAAAACCUGCUCAUUUCUGAAGGUGUGAUAGAGAAAAAAGGGUCCAAAUGCAGUAUCAAUAUUUCCACAACUACAGAAGUCGAAGGUUUCAUUGAUGCUAGUAACAAUCCACAGAUUUGCACAACACUUGCUUGUGAUAUUUAUGGACAUUUACGCAUAGCUGAGACUAAGAAAAGGCCUUCCAUGGAUUUCAUGGAAGUGGUGCAGACAGACAUUAAAGCAAACAUGCGUUCGAUUCUCGUAAAUUGGCUAGUAGAGGUUGCAGAAGAGUAUCAAUUUGAGCCUGACACACUGUAUUUGACUGUCAAUUUCAUCGAUCGAUAUCUUUCAGUAAAUGAUAUCAAUCACCAACGUCUACAACUUCUUGGUGUUGCUUGUAUGCUUAUUGCUUCAUUCUUCAGAAAAUAUGUGGAGAUUUGUGCCCCACAAGUCGAAGAAUUUUGCUACCUAACAGACAAUACAUACUUCAAAGAUGAGGUUUUGCAAAUGGAAGCUGAAGUUUCGAAGUGCUUGAAGUUUGAAAUGUCUGCUCCAACUGCCAAGUGUUUCUUGAGGAGAUUCAUCCGUGCCGCUCAAGCAUCUUUUGAGGUUCCUGCAAUGCAAAUAGAGUCUCUAGCCAAUUAUGUCACAGAGCUGUCCCUUCUCGAAUACAAGCUGCUUCGCUAUGCCCCAUCAGUAAUAGCAGCUUCGGCUAUCUUUUUGGCAAAGUUCAUUUGGCAACCGACGAAGAGACCUUGGAAUGCGACGUUAAGUCGCUACACGCUAUACAAACCAUCUGAUCUUUGCAACUGUGUCAAGGCAUUACAUGGCCUCCUCUGUGCGAGUGCCGGCAGCAAGCUACUGGCGAUCAGAGAUAAGUACAGCCAGCCCGGGUACAUGUAUGUUGCCAAGAAACAUUGCCCUGCUUCCAUACCUCCAGAAUUUUUCCAAGAUCAGAGUGAAAUUGGACCUGCCAUGUGACCUUUCUGCUACAAUCAAGAGACAUGUUCUUGAAUUUUUCUUGCAGUGCAUUCAACUGAAGAAGCAGUUUCAUCAUGUAUUUGAUGAUACAGAAAGCAGUGUUUGCUUGAGGGGUGUAAGUAGUGUAGCAAUCUAUCGCAUGAAAAAAGAAAUAUGUAAAAUUGUAAAUGCUUAUAGUGAUCUGCUGGAUAUUUUUUUGUCGGAAGAGCAAUCACUAAUGAGAUCGAAGAGCCCUUCAAAUUCCUCCAGCGAUAUUCUCUUGAAGAGAAGAGAUGAAUCUACACGCAUAGUGAAAAAGUAACCAUUCCUUUUUUUCUUGGAUGCAAUAUAUAAUGUUCCGUUGAGAUGAA